GCCCGCCAGAAAGCUUACCUCUUAACAAGGCAUAUAACACCCCGCGAUGACGCCCCUCUGCUAUAAGCGUGGUGGCUUCAUGGUGUUGUUUUGACAUCCUCUUCAUUAUUUCAGCUCUCACCUCUAUCAACCUAUGUAUCUGCUAGGACUAGCCAUUACCAAGGCUUUUUUUCAGUACUGAUCAACAUGAUGGCUGCUCAAGUCAUCCGUCCAGCUCGUUUGUUGAGCCGCACAGCACACAUUGUCCCUGGCCAGCUACGCGUCACAGAGCUCACCUUUGAGGUGCCCCUCAACCAUUCCAAUCUCUCCGCCGGAAACCUCAAGAUCUUCGGUCGCCAAGUCACCAAACAUGACACCCCCAUUGUGCCCCGCGCCGACAGCGACCUGGAGGAAUACCACAGGAGGCCCUACCUCGUCUACCUCGAAGGCGGUCCCGGCUUCGGCAACAGAGAACCCCAAGACCACCAACUGACCAAAACAGCCCUGGACAGAGGUUACACCCUCCUCCUGCUCGACUAUCGCGGCACCGGCCUAAGCACGCCCAUCAACCAGCCCCAUCUAGCCACAUUGGGUGGCCCCCAGCAGCAGGCCGACUACCUCAAGCGCUUCCGCGCCGACAGCAUCGUCCGAGAUGCCGAGGCCGUGCGUCUUUGUCUGACUGCCGAUUAUCCCGAGACUCAUAAGAAGUGGUCCAUUUUCGGCCAGUCCUACGGCGGCUUUGUCGCGCUGACGUACCUCUCCCAGUUCCCGCAAGGGUUGCGCGAGGUGUUUCUGACGGGCGGUCUCGCGCCCGUCAAGCGCACGGCCCAAGAAGUCUACACGGCGCUGUACAAGAAGGUCAUCCAGCGCAACGAGGCUUACUACCGCAAGUUCCCCGAAGACGUGGAGCGCGUCCGCAAGGUAGCGCAGUAUCUGGACGAAAAAUCCCCCCUGCUACCAGGCGGCGGCGAAUUCACCGUCGAACGGUUGCUCGGCAUCGGUCUGUGUCUGGGCAUGAAUGGCGGCUUGGACCUGAUCCACAGCACCAUUCUUAAGCUGGCCAUGGACAUUGAGCAGUUCGGCUUCAUCACCCGCGCCGCAGGCGCCGCUUUCGAGGGGCUGAUUCCGUUCGAUACCAACCCCAUCUAUGCCGUCCUCCACGAGUCCAUCUAUACCAACGGACCCGGGCUGGCGUCCGACUGGGCCGCCCACCGGGUCGGCAAGACGCUUGCCGAGUCCGAGCCGGGACUCAGCUGGCUGUCUUCGGUGCCCCAAGCCCUCGACUGCUCCUCCUCCUCCACAAACCAGCAGCCCCUGUACUUCUCUGGCGAAAUGGUCUACCCUGCCCACUUCGAUUGCUACCCCGAGCUAAAGGACAUGAAGGAGACGGCCGAGCUUCUGGCCAAGUACGACGACUGGCCGCGGCUCUACGACCUGGAUCAGCUUGCGCGGAACGAAGUCCCUGUCUACGCGGCCAGUUAUGUUGAGGACAUGUAUGUCGACGCAGACUUUGCAAGGGAGACAGCCAAGGCGGUCAGAGGGACCAAGGUGUUUGAGACGAACGUGAUGUAUCACGGAGCGUUGAGGGCCAAGACCGACGAGGUUCUGGGGCAGUUGUUCAAGUUGAGGGAUGAUACCCUCGAUUAAGCGUGAGUGGCUGUCGGGGAUUUCAGCUCGUUGCCAGUUUGGCGUGGAUGUUGAGAUUCUUGAUGGUCAAAAAGACAAAUUCCGUAUCGUGCUGAAUUUUGUGAGAUAUUGGCGAGGAUGUGUGCUUCUGGUAAUGGUAUAACGCGAUCGGGGAGAUGAGGUUAAUAUUU